UUAACACAAACGUAAUAAAAUGCAUUACAAAAUUAUUUCAGUGCUAUUCAGAUGAAAUCUCGUAUAGAAUCCAGUAAUAAAGCAGCUAUUUACAAUGAAGCCCUAUCGAAGAACAAAUAAAGCUUUUAUGGUGCAACUUCGCUCCGCAUCUGGAUUCGGUCGCGCUAGAGUUCUUCUGAAGGAGUUCUGCGGUGACAUCAGAGCUCUCUGGCGAUAUGGCGCGCCGUUCCCAACCUUCCUCAAACUCAUUGGGACCCUCCUGCUGUGCCUCGUUGUUUUAAUGCCUCUCAUAUACCCGUUUUUCAUUUUAGCCCUGACUUAUUUUACUUAUGAGAGCCUGUUUUUAAGCUGGUGGCUAGAUCAGCCAUGGAGAUUCCAACCAAUAAGAAUUGUAAAGCGAGGUCUCUCCUGCGCCUUCCGACCCUGUAACGCUAUGGAUGUAUGGAAAGUUCGGGAAGUUCUUACGAGAGGCAUUCUUCUAGCACAUUCGCUCGCUACAUCUGUGGACUAUUUGUGUGUCAUGCAAGGUCUUCUUGAUGAAGCCUAAAUAUAGUCACAAAAAGUCCCAUCAAGGAAAUGAUCUAAAUAUAAGUGGAAGUUUUUACAGCAAAAUCGUUCGGCCAGAACAAUCUCAAGGAUGACAA